AGAGAACUUCCUCCCUCACUCACAAUGGACAAUGCAUUCUUAGCUUUUUCUUCCUGGACCUGACACUGGGUACCAGAGGCUCCAACCUUACCCAGGGUAUUCUGCCCCCUAAAUUGAAAAUACUUUAUUGCAAGAAAAAUUUAAGAUAACUUCCCGCGUUUGAAGUCUAACCUUAUUUUACAUCAUGAUGGCUUUGGAUGAAGGAGGUAUAACACAGGAUUCCCAUUGUUUACUUCGAAGUGCUGACUUUUAUGUCACGUGACAUUCGACGCGCGCGUCGGUGAGAGUUUUCGCGCCAAAAGGACAUCGAAUAUGUGACACAUUCAACAAAGGUGAGCCAUCUCAUUUUCUACUCUAGAUAAACAAAUACUCCAUACACCGGAGCGAAGAGUUUUUAAGUCUUUCCGAGCUUUAUAUAUAUGUAUUUCCUAUGCAAAUGUCGAAGCAGAACUCUUGAAAGAUUCACAUUAUCAAGUUCCAUCUCGGGUCGCCGGAGUUCUUCGCAUGAAACGAAGGAAUCUUGCUCAGCAAGAAGUAACCCUUUAAAAUGCUUAUCCCUCCUUCUCUACCAUGUUCAGGGCCCUACCCAGUGAUCAUCUUGCUAUUUUUUAUUGUAAAUGUUCUCAGAAUCAGAAGAUUGCUAUGAUUACCCUGAGGAAAUAUUUCAAGGAGUUGCUUACCGUUAUGGCCUGAGCCUUCCUGUCAUUGCUGCAUAUCAUAAUCAAAUCCCUGAUGCAGUUAUAAACAAGGGUGAUCGCGAAGUUACCUUUCCUGCAAGAUUAUCCUACAGUACAUCCAUUCAAGAAACUACUAACCCUUUAAAGAAAAGCAUGGAGUCUGACCAUUCUCCAAAUGUCGAUGGGAUUAAUAUUAAGAUUGGUGAGGUGUUCAGCCUUCCUGGAACCCACAGCACAACCAUUUCCAGUACUACAUCAAAUACCCCACACCAGUAUCGGGACCUUCAGUAUUGCAACAGUAUAACUAUUCAAGGUCCAUUAGGCCUACAGGAACCGGCAAUACAAUCUGUGUACAGCAUUCCACCACUUGGAAGCAGGACUGAUCGAGGUAAUUGGUCUGAAAUAAAGGAUUUGACCACAGUCCAAUGGGCCACCAAUACUACGACCAGUAAUGUCAAGACAACAGAAAUGCCUUUAACAGGAAGAGGCUGCGUCACAUCAAGUGAUACUGCCCCUUUGAGCACUCAAGGGUCAAGCAUAGAUUCCAAGCAAGCUGGCGAAUGCAGAGCUUCUGUCCCUAUGGAAAGAGAUGUGAUAGAUAAAAGUCGCUUAAGUGAACCUUCACCCUUGGCAAAUGGUCAGAUAGACGUGGGUAGUGCCAUAGAAAUGGAGAGGUGGCAAGCUGAAAAAUGUCAACUAGUGGCUGAAGCAGCCAGGAAGAGAGGUCAGAUAAAGGACAUCCUUAGUAAGAUGAAUUAUUUGUAUGGAAAGCGAAAACCUGGUAGACCGAAAAAAGAUUCAGUGACUGUAAUACUUAAGCGACUCAAUGAGCUCUCUUUAAAAAGACAGAAUAACGAAAGAGCGUUAUGGGAUUUGAGCCGAGAGCACGACAGACUAGUCACCUUGCAAUCUAAGGUGCAACAGUCUAAACUGGAAAAAAUGUUGGAGAUUGAGAAAUUACGAAAAGGGAGAUUGGCUACGAGGAUGAGGCUACUCACGGAGGAGGAUGCUCUACAUCAACAGCUGAAGGAUCAAUUGGAUCAUACCAUUGCCAGGUUGCAUGCAGAGAAGAAGCAGUUAACAGAGGGACUAGAUAACUUCAAAUCCGACCCAUCUGACGAAUCGAUUUUGCGGACGAAAGAUAUCGAUAUGAAACCAAACUCGGACAUGAUAUGUAGUUUACCUGGGAGUGCAUAUCACACAAACGAAUCUAUGAUUGUUGAAUAUGACAAUGAAAUCGAAGAUGAGGGUAAAAGCUUGAAUGGAAGACCUGUGUCUCCUUCAGGAUCUUUUGUUGGCUUUCUAGAUAAUCCCGCACCCCCUUCUCACAUUAUUAAGAAAACAUCCCUAAAUAGAGCAUCUUUAGGGUCACCUUCAACGUAUGAGCCCUUUCAAAGGGACAUUACAGUACAAGCGAGACCUAGAAUCUCCCGGGAAUCUCCUUCAAUUGUUGAUGCGCGUUGGAAAGACAUUACCCUACAAGACAGAACUAGUUCGUACCCGAUGAUUUCAACGUAUGAAUCAACUCACAAGGACACGAGUUUACAGCAGCGAAGUAAUCCAUGCUUGGGCUUAGGUGUGUCUUCAUCAGAUAAAACCCUUCAAAGAGACACUAAAUCAGAAGAAAUACCGAAGCCAUACAUGAAAAUGCCUACAACGUACGAAGGCCUCCAAAGAAAUAUUACAAUACAACAAAGACCAAGCUCAUCCUCGACGAAGGAAUCUCUUGCUGACUUACCAUCAGCAUCAAUACAGAUGCUCAAUUUAUCCGUAUCCCAGGAAGAAGGUCCACAGCCUGUUCCAAUGAACUCUUCGGCGGAACAAAGGAGUCAUUCAUUGAAGAGAAAGGCGCCGCAAGAAUUGCACACAAUUAUGGUUCCAUCACCGAGUAAUGAUCCCAUAAUACCGAGCAGCAAGCGCCCGAGAAAGUCAACACCAAGAAAGCUGCUACCGAGCUCUCGUGGUCCGUGUAUUUCGAGGAUCAACAACGAAAAUAAAGUACCUGCAUCGUGCAUGCAAGCGCCUUCCAUCAAGGUGGAGAUGGAUGAAACAAGUGAACACUUCCAAGAUGCUGCGUCGGCAUUGCCGCAGUGCCCUUCUCCAUACCCAAAAGAAACUUAUGAGUCCACGACUACAGAUUCCACGAAGUCCGCGACUACAUAUUCCAGUAGUAAUUCCACAUCUCUACAAUCCAAGGGCCCCGUGCUCGAUUCGGUGAACUCAUGCACUGCUGUGAGUGCCGAUGAUUCUCUUGUUCCGAUUUCUACAGAGUCAAGCUUUCCAGUGGUAUCGUUGACAGGGUCCAGGAUUCGCAAUGAUAAGUACGACGGUACUGGGCUGAAAGCAGUGUUACACUCGGAGGACCACCAGCAUAGCACCGUCCUCUACAACAACGACAACAAAGAAAAGUCUUUGAAAGAAAAGAAAAGGGUUUGCAUUGAUAAAUACGGCACUGUGCUGAGUGCGGUGUUAUAUUCUGAGAACAGCAAGAAUUGCACCGUCCUCUACAACAACGUCAACAAAGAAAAGUCCCUUCUAGAGAAGGCAGCCGAAGCUUUCACUCUGGACGUAUUUGGCUUGGGAAGUGAAAGGAUUUGCAACCCUAUUCCAACCGGGUUACCAAGAAACGGCAGAACAACCGUUGCUAUACAAACUCCGGACAACGAAGUGUUCACGGUAGAGACUUCAUUCGACAAGAUUCGAGAACAAAGGAUCCAGAAACUGCUUCAAAAGCGCAACGAACUACUAGCAAGCCUGGAUGCGAGGGACAAACCUGACAGUAAGAGGAAUACUUGAUCACAAGUAUAGGAAAGAACAGUUGAUCAAAAGAAAAGGCUUACGAUCUAGCUGAACAGUUAAACAGUUGGUGGCGUGGUGGUCGUUUUGGAAGUUUUUAGGGCUCCAGCUCAGAGAGACUUUUCGAGGAGAACGGUAAAUGAAAUGAUUGAGGACCGUAUGAUAUUGUAUAUACAUUACAAUAACACAAUUUAAACGUAACUGGAAUCAUUAUUCCUCUUGUGAUUUUAUGAAAUCGUUUGAUUUGUUUCAGUUUUGGAAUUUAAACAGUGUUUUAUCAUUUGAUAUGACGAUUAAAGUCAGAAUUUCAAGGCUAA